GCUAUAUACCGCCAUAUUGUUUGCGGCAGUCGCGUACGUAAUUGGUUUGUCUCGUACAUAAUCUCGUCAAGUUUUUCUCUCGUCCAGUGAGCCCCAUUGGGAAAGUUUGCAAACAUUUCGCGAAAAAGCAACAUGAAGAAAACUAAGGACGUCUCAGACGAGGAUGAAUAUUCCGCGGAUGAUCCGGAAGAAGUGGAAGGAGCCUCUGAAGAAGAGUGGACUCCUGAGGCCGGAGCUGAAAGUGGUGCUAAAAAAAGGCCACAAAGAGAAGUUGCUAAAAAACGGCAACAUUCAGAAGAAGAAGAAGAUGAAGAAGAAGAAGAAGAUGAUGAAGAAGAUGAAGAAGAAGAUGAAGAAUCUGAUUCAGACACAGGAAAAAAACCUAAAAGAAAAAGACGGUCUAAAAAAGAAGAAGAUGAAAAAGAAGAUGAAGAUGAAGAAGAUUCUGAUGAUAACAGCUAUAACGAAUCAUCAGGAGAGACGCCAAAAGAUUUUACUUCUGGUGCAUUCGUUGUUGCAAAAGCUGAUAUUGGAAAUACAGAUGGUGGAAAUACGGAUCCAACAUUAUGGAGGAUAGAUGGAAAAGCAUUACUUCAAAAAUUUUUACCUUUUAAAGAAGAUGGAAAAACGUUAUACAAAAGCACAUCGACGUAUUCAGGAUGGUCGGUAAAUAACAAAGAUAAAUACUUGGCUGCACAAGUUACUUUCAAAGUGCAAAGUAGAACAGAAACCAUUGUUGAACUUCACCUUGAUCAACAUCAACAGGAAGUUGUAAAAGAAGAAAAAGAAGACUAUAUGCUAAGGAAGAAUACAUCUACAUUCACAGAUACUGAAUCAAAAGAUUCACUAGUUUCUUGUUGCUGCUUCAUAAAAUCAUUAAUAGCUAUGCCUUUUAACUUUGAUGGCUGUAAAAAUCUUUUUGGUAUGCGAGAAAAGGAACCAUUUUCUUGUGGACUAUUUGAACAACCACCAAAUCCAAGACCAAGUAAUCUUGUUGUAUUAAUUGAUGUAUUAGGAACAUUGAUAGGUGCAGAUUUAGUCAUGGUUAAUUGUUUUGUUCCUGUAGGAUAUGGAAUAUCCUUAGGCUCACUUGAAAUGUCAUCUCACGGAAAGAAAAACAGAAAACGAAUACUAACAAGGCGACCACGACACGUUGUUGGAAAAGAAGAAAAAUACCGUCAAGAAAGAGAUAAAUCCGAUAAGGAAGAUGAAGUAUCAGAACAAGAAGAAAAUGUGUGGUCCCCCUCUUUUCCUGUUGCUAUGUGGGAUCUCGAACAUUGCGAUCCUAAAAAAUGUUCCGGUAGAAAAUUAGUUAGACAUGGCUUAGUAAAAAUAUUAAGGUUAGGAGCUCGAUUUUCAGGAUUAGUUCUUACACCUAUUGGUCAAAAGUGUGUGAGUCCAACAGAUCGUGAUAUUAUAAAAGAUUAUGGUUGUGCAGUCGUCGAUUGUAGUUGGGCACGUUUGGAUGAUACUCCAUUUAGUAGAAUGAGAACUUCCAAUCCGCGUCUUUUACCGUUUCUAGUUGCUGCAAAUCCAAUAAAUUAUGGAAAACCUUGUCAAUUAAGUUGUGUAGAAGCUAUAGCUGCUACUUUAAUUAUAACAGGUUUUCCCGAAGAAGCAAAAUUUUAUCUCGGAAAAUUCUCUUGGGGUCACUCAUUUUUAGAAUUGAAUGACGAAUUGUUAAAAACAUAUUCACUUUGUACAAAUGCAGAAGAGAUUAUAUCUGCGCAAGAAAAAUUUCUCGUUAAUGCGAGAGAAGAAAAAUUAAAUAAACAUGCUAUUUCAGAUUUUCCACCAGCUAUUUCAGAUUCAGAAACAGAAGAAGAAAAAGAAGAAUCAGUAUCCAUAAAUAUUAUUUCUGAAAUAGAUGAACAAAUAAAAAAUAUAAAUAUAAUAUAAAAAUGA